UUUUAUUUCUCUCUCUCAAUGUCCCCCAAUCCCAAAUAUUUUCCUUCUAUAAUGAAAUUUAACCCAAACGAAACAAAGAAUUAGAGCCCACAAUGCGUCCUGAAUCAAGCUCCGCAACAACGUCAUCGUCGACGACGCCGUCCCCGAGUCGGAAGCGAAACAGAGACCCCGAAGAUGAGGUUUACGUCGACAAUCUCCAUUCUCACAAGCGUUAUCUAAGUGAGAUAAUGGCGUCUAGUUUGAACGGAUUAACAGUUGGGGACCCACUUCCUGAAUAUCUCCUGGAAUCUCCUGCUAGAUCCGAAGCUACGUUCUCUCCCAGGGAUGAGAUGACAUGGCAAUAUUCACCAAUGUCUGAAGAUUCAGAUGACUCGAGAUUGUCCGAGACACCUAUGAACACUUCCUUCUCCCAUCCUGAUAGUCGGCCUACGAGUCCUGUUUCUCCAUAUAGAUAUCAAAGACCACUGAACGCAUUCUGCUCCACUCCUCCAACCAGUUCACACCAUUUACCUGGAAAUGUCGGCGCUGGUACUUGUUCGCAGCCUCGCAAAAGAGGGUCCGAUACAGAGGUCCGGUUUCCAUCCUCACCAAGUGAUAUUGUCCACUCCUCUGAUUUAAGGAGGGCAGCACUCAUGCGGUCUGUUCAGAUGAAAACACAGUCAGCUGGUCAAUCAUCAUUAGAAUUGCAAUUUGGUCCAGGUCAAGAGUAUCCGCCUAGUAUCGAAGUUGAGGAACGACGAUGUUCAUGCGUGAAGUCUUUAAUCGGUGAUAGAGAAUAUCAGAUUGAAGAAUGUUCCUCACAGGGUAUGUCUGAUCCUGAAUUUAGUCAAGGGAAAUCUUGUGGGGUGUCUAAUUUGAAUUUGAAAGCGGAUGAAUCUGGGAAUUAGAUGCUUUGAGAAAUCUUCGCUUGCCUUUUUCAUAUCAGU